AUGGCAGAGGCCACCGUGAGAGAGCUCAUCAACUUUGGCUUCUCCGAGGAUCGCGCGCGCGAGGCAGUCGCAAACAUUGGGGACGUCUCAGAUGUACAGCUGGCCAUCAACUGGUUGUUGGAUCAUGGAGAAGAGGACAAGGGCGGCGCUGUGGAAUUCAAGCAUUGUCCUCACAUCUGCGAGUUGCCACUGGGCACUAUUGUGAAGAAGGCAGCUCUCGAGUUCGGCAACCCCUGCGCCAAGGGAUGCAAAGGCUCCGAGAACUGGGUGUGCCUGAUGUGCGGAGUCACCCACUGCGGGCGCUAUGUGAACAAGCAUGCCCUGCAUCACUGGCAAGAGACGCGUGAGGCUGAUUCACGAGCUCUCACCGUAGGAGAGGCAGCAGCCGGAGUCUGUCGCCGAGGUCAUUUCCUGGCGAUGGGCUUGAUGGAUCUCAGUGUGUGGUGCUAUGAAUGUGAGUCUUACGUUGACCACGAGGUGCUUGGCCCACUGGUCGCCCGAAUGCAACGGCUGAAAUUCGGUGGCGCAGACGAGGAGGAGCCAGAGCCCGAGGUUGGCAGCAUCUUGGAUGCGGACCCGCAGUCAGCGCACGGCUUCUUGGGCGAUCCCAACUGGCCCUUGCCGCGACUGGCAAGUGCUUGCAACGAGGAAGCCCGACCUGGAUACAAGACCAUGAAGGCGCACGAGUAUCUGGAUGAACCCGCAGUUCUGAAGGCGAAAGUGAAGUUGCUCGCCGACCUCAUUGCGCGAAGCCGAAACUGCGUUGCUUACACGGGCGCUGGCAUCAGGACGGCCUCUGGCAUCAAAGACUAUGCAACGAAGGCAAGCUCCUCGUCCUCAUCUUCCUCGGCGAAGUCGCCAUGGCUGGCGGAACCGAGCUACGCUCACCAUGUCCUCGUCGCGCUUUGGAAGAGUGGAAACUUGAAACACUGGGUGCAGCAGAAUCAUGAUGGCCUGCCUCAGAAAGCAGGAUUCCCGCAGAAGGACAUCAACGAGAUCCACGGUGCUUGGUGGGACCCUUCCAAUCCAGUCGUCCCAAUGGACGGGACUCUCCGUUCCGAUCUGAUUCAGUGGAUGCUGGAAUGGGAGAGUCGUGUGGACCUGUGUUUGGCACUUGGGACUUCCAUGGUCGGAAUGAAUGCAGAUCGCAUGGCUGUGUCCCCGGCCAAGCGGGCCCAGCGCUUGCACCGAGACGAGGCACUGGGAACUUUGAUCGUGGCACUGCAGCAGACACAGUACGACAAGAUCUCGUCUUUGCGAAUAUUUGCUCGGCUUGACGAUGUUCUCAACGAGCUGGCUUCGUUGCUAAACCUCGACGUGGCUUCCGCGCCGGUGUUGUCGCAGAGACGUCAGGAGGCAAUCAUUCCGUACGGCCGGGAUGGUCGAAAGUCCACCACAGCCCAGCUGCAUCUGGACCUGCGGGUGGGAAGCAAGCUACGGGUGGUUGACCAGCCCGACUGGGACCAAGCGAAGUAUGGUGAGCUGUGCCAAGUCAUGGAAGCUCCCGAGGAGCUGGCCAAACAGGGGCAUGUGCAGCUGCUCUUUCCUGGCGACGGCUUGAAGAAGUCGGUCACACGUUUCCUCGGUGGUUGGUGGAUCGAGGCUGCCAUCAAAGGAGAGCUGGACAAGAUUCCAGAGGCCACGCAGCAAAGCGCAAUGCCCCCAUGGCUAGCCGCAGCGAAUGCCCUUGGAGCGGCUGGGCUGGAAACUUCGAGGGAGAAAGAUGUGUCUUUCGAGGAUGCCUCUGCACCACCUCCCUGGCUGCAGGCAGCUGUGGAACAAGGCUUGGGUGAGAGAGUUGAGGCCUCCGGUAGUGUACUCUUUCCUCAUUUGUCUAUGGGCGUCCGCGCCAGCCGUGCAUUCCUUCAGCGCGAGAAGUCUGACGCACAUCACGCACCAGAAACAUGGGGAGGUUUGUCAGACGCUCUGCAGUCUGCGGGGGAGGCGAUCUCCUCUGCAGCUCAGGAUGUAGUCGGCUCUGUCACCGACUCAGCGGCUAAGGCCCUGCUAGGUGAUCGAGCCGUGGACAAGUUCGAACUUCCGCCUCCCUCCAUCCGGCAGAUCAACAUUCAGGUAGUUACGUGCGUCGGGGUGCUGCUGGCAGUCCUCGGCAUGGGUUACGCAGCAGAUGUGCUGUUCCCAGUGAAGAAGGUGCUCACACGGCCGUCCUAUACUUGUCUGGCGAUGCUGUUGGGCAGCUAUGCCAUCCUUAUUCCAGGCUUGGUCUCAAACCUCUUCGAGUUCCUGCUGGGUGUGCAAAUGCUGGGCAUCAAUGUCUUGCUGACGGAGGUGGACGGGGAACCGGGCCCGAUCGCCGAAUCCACCUUCGGUUUGGUGCAUUUGCUGUGCAAAACCGGCGGCUACGUGGGCGCGAUUCUGGUGGUCAUUUACGCUAUGGUCAUUCCUUCCGUCAAGCUCAUCGCUCUGAUUGUGGCAGAGAUUUGGCGUGACAGUGAGGACCCACGACAAGUACAAAAAUCCAAGCGCUUUAUUCAGGUCGUGCAGUUCAUCAGCAAAUGGGCUUGCCCAGACAUGUUCGCAUACAUCCUCCUGCUGCUGCCCGUCUUGAACUAA